UAUAUUCACUCGCCAGCGACAUGCAGCCACCAGAGUUUUCCUCAUCUACUUCUCAUGCUUGCUAAAAGUAUUCCGAAAAUUGUUGCCCUCGAGGGGGAUACGGCACGGAAGAUACAGUCAGCUGCCGAGAUCCCUUCUCUACUGAGCACUGUCCAGGAGCUGGUUUCCAAUGCGCUGGAUGCAUCUGCAACGAGGAUCUCUGUUUCACUGACUGGUGGUGGGCUCAGCAGCAUCACAGUGGUCGACAAUGGCCAUGGAAUUAUCCAGGAGAGCUUUGCUUUGCUAGCUAGACAUGGCUGUACUUCCAAAUCGCCAAUAUCGCGUGCCCGCGGUAACUCAUUGGCUUCUAUAUGCGCCGUGUCGAGGCAGAUCAAGAUCCGCACCAGGACUGCUAACGACGACGUGGCAACAAUGCUAUCGUUUGAUGCUCGCGGGGUCCAUUCGGACCAGCGUGCAGUUGCGGGCAAUGUUGGUACGACAGUCACUGUUUUGCAGCCGCUUAGCGUUGUCCCAGUCCGCUACAAGUUUGCAAAGUCGCAAUUGUCAGGGAUCGGGCGGGAUAUUUACGACUGGCUGGUUCGCUGCUACAUGGCCAACCACUACACAGCAAUAAGCUUAUCUUCUGGCGUGGCUAGUGGUAAUGGUGCUCGGUUGAUGCUCAGCGCUGCACAGGAUUUGAGGGAGGCCACGGAGAUGUACUUAGGUAGCGGAUCCCGCGAUAGUCUCAUUUCAUUCGAGCACCAGUGGACUGAUGGUGAGCUGAAGGGCGCGUCGGUUGCCGGUGUAUUUGCAAGGGAAGGAGCGAUGAUCAUGGCAAAGCGUCUCCCGUCGCUCUCUGUAUCUGUCAACAGAACGCCAUGUGGCAUAAGCCUGCUCCCAAACAUUCGAACAACUCUAAGUAGCAUGGGUAUGGAUAGUGGUGCUGUAUCUGCAAAGAAGCUGUUUGUUGGCAUUCUGUCCUUUAGCUUCCCUGUGCGAGUUCUCGACAGUAGCUCACGCGCGCCCCUGCUAGCCAGCCAAGCCAUUGCUGAGGAUAUUGAGGCCGAGAUUUCUGCACUCAUCGAAGUAGCUACCAAGGACAAGAAAGUCAUACUCGUCAAACAAGCAGCCAAACCUCAAAGCAAAGCCCCCGCACUGAGGAGAACAAACUCCCAGACCACGGCGCCAGCGAAGAGCAGACAGGUUGGCAGAAUGUCCAAGAGUGUGUCGGUACCGCAGCUGCACAGCUUCAGGCACACGCCAACCUACCCUCUAGGCCUGCAGGUCCCGAGCAAUGGGCCAGACUCAUUCCGUAUUCCCAAGGCAUUCUGGAGUCUGAGCUCGCCAAUAAUCGAUGCUGCUGUCAGCAGUAAUGCUCCUGCUCGAGUCAUUUGCUGGCUCAUGGCUGAUGGCCGCAUUGCUGGCGCAGGAACGCUCCGGCAGCAAGUUUUUGAUGCAGAAAACAGGGCGCACAUGUGCUUGCUCGAGGUCGGCGGCACGCUCAUGGCGCUUGAUGUCAAUGCGCUGCCGCUGAAGACAUUGCCCAGCCCCAGCUCGCUGGCCGUUCACAUCUCACAAGAGCUCCGGCCAUAUCUCUGCAUGGCCCAGAUCACACAUUAAUCCGAUCGACGAAUCAGCUCUCGCUUUA